AUGUCUGAUGUUGAAUCUCUGACUGGAGGCGGACUUUUUGAUGAACCUGAAAAUUUCCUACCAGAAAAACCAAAAGCCCAUUUUGCUAAUUAUAAAAGAGAAGUCAUACCAAAGGAAUCCACUUCCAAAAGAGAAGAUAUAAAUUUACGUUUAAUUGGUAACUCUCCUUUAUGGGGCCAUUUAUUAUGGAAUGCUGGUAUAUAUUCUGCAAAACAUCUAGAUAAAUACCCAGAAUUAUGCAAAGAUAAAACUGUACUGGAAUUAGGAGCCGCCAGUGCUUUACCUUCUCUAGUUUGUUCAUUAAUUGGUGCCAAGAAAGUAGUAUGUACUGAUUAUCCAGAUAUCGAUUUAGUUCAGAAUAUUCAAUAUAAUGUUGACCAUGAAUGUUAUAAUGGUGAACUUCUUUCUACUGAUGAAACUGAAAAGACAUUACAAGAACAAAAGAGAAAUAUUGUAGUUGAAGGUUAUAUUUGGGGUAAUGAUUAUACUCCAAUUACUAAACAUGUUGAUGGUAAAUUUUCUUUGAUUAUAUUGAGUGAUUUAGUAUUCAAUCAUACCGAACAUCAUAAAUUAUUACAAACUACAAAAGAUCUAUUAGCUAAAGAUGGUAAAGCUUUAGUUGUAUUUUCACCACAUAGGCCUUGGUUAUUGGAUGCAGAUUUGGGGUUCUUCGAAACUGCUAAAGAAUAUGAUUUAGUACCACAACAAAUUGAAAUGGUUAAUUGGAAACCAAUGUUUGAAGAAGAUCCUGGUGAAGCUGAAAUCAGAUCCCGUGUUUAUGCAUAUUAUUUAACUCAUAAAUAG